CCCAAUCUCUCUAAUCUUCUCUGUUCUUCCCCAAUUCUCCUCAUUCUCAAACCCUAAUUUCUCAAUUCUUUCUCUAUCUAUCUCCCAUUUUCUUCCAUUUAUCAAGGAUUCUAACAGUGGUAUCAGAGCCUGCUACGAGAUGAGUUCAUCAGAGCUCUCAUAUAGGGAAUCGCUGCACCAAUGGAAGGAGGAGGUUGAUCGGUUGGUGGCUAGGUGGGCCGCGUUCGGACCCGACGGCGGAGGAGGCGGCGGCCCAUCCGGCGGGCGAGACGGCGGCGGUGAUGUCCGCCGACGCGGCGACGGGCGUGGCUUCCUCCGGGACGCUGCAUUUCAGCGCUGAGGUGGAGGGCAGACCGGCGAUCACGCUGGUCCACAACGGCGCCUCCCUAAACUUCGUCGGCAAAGGCUUCGGGGCGACUUUCAAGCAGGAGGCGACGAGGGUGAGGGCAUUCACGGUCCGGGCAGCCAAUGGAGCUGAGCUGAGAUGUAACCCGCAACACUGCGGGGUGUCCUUGCGGAUACAGGGACUCAAGGGAAUAGUGGACUUGAAUGUUUUGCCCUUGCAAGGGUUUGAUGUGAUUUUGGGAGUCCCUUGGCUCCGAAGUUGGGUCCGGUUGUGAGUGAUUGAAACAGGAUGACGAUGCGGUUUAAAUGGAGGGACAAGGAGUGGGAAUUGAAAGGGAUGACGAUGGUGGAGGGUCCGCUGAGUUGGGAAGAGCUGCAGUCUCUAGAGGAAGAGGUGGUGGUUGUGCUAUGCUGACCGAUGGGGGCUGCCCGUGGUCCAGAGCGAGCUUCCGAAAAAUGCAGAGUUUGUUGGAAAGCUAUCACGACCUGUUCGAGACACUAGGGCAACUACCUCCUAGCC